AUGAGGUCCGACCCGAACACCAGAAAUUUUGACACCCUCUACGAGUUCCACCAAGAACGUGGAUAUAAAACGAAAGAUUUCCACGCUCUGAGACUAGAAGUAGCAAACUUGCUGCAACAAGGACAUCUCAAAGAAUUACUCAGCGACAAAAGCAGGAACACUUUAGCGAGGGGUCGAGAAUGCCCAGGCCCACCAAAUCUACCUUCACCAGCUCGUACCAUCAACAUGAUUAUUGGUAGCAGUGACGAUGCCUCUAUUAAUGGCAUCAAAUUCACCGCCACUCACAAACUCAAAAGAGCAUUCACACACGAAUGGUACGACGGACUCGAAGAAAGAAUCAUAUUCGAUGAGUCAGAUGUCGACAAUUUGACUUUCCCUCAAAAUGAUGCACUUGUCAUUACUUUACGAAUUUUAGAUACUGAUGUUAGGAGAAUUAUGGUAGAUGAUGAAAGCGGAGCGUGCAUCAUCCAUCCUCGAGUCCUCGCACAUAUGAGACUUGAGGAUAAGAUAGUGUCACGCUGCAUUACACUAACGGGUUUUAACAAUGUAAUUGAAUGGACUUCGGGAGAAAUCACACUCCCCGUCCUCGCCGGUGGGGUGACUCUAGAAACAACAUUCUAUAUCAUGGACCACGACAAUGCAUAUACCGCCAUCGUGGGAUGA